AUGGCGAUCCUGUCCGUUUUAUAUCGCAUCAACCCCUCCAUGAUAUAUCGUUCUCUUGUCGUGGCAGUCGGCGUCGCGAUUUUCGCCUACACUUUGACGCUAUGCACCAUCACGGGCGGGCCAUGCAACCCUCUCAAAUCCGGAACAACGAAAUGUCUGGAAAAUGUCGCCUUGGCCCAGGCUGUGCUAAACAUCGUAUCUGACUUUGCUGUGGUGGCUCUGCCAAUACCAACCAUUCAUCGCCUCCAAUUAUCCCUUAAGCAAAAAGUGACCGUCGGUUGUCUUUUGGCUCUCGGAUCCGGGGUUGUUGUCUGCUCAAUCGCACGCCUGCCCUAUGUCAUUAUAUUGGAUAAGACCGAGGAUCUCACCUACACAGAAGCCAUCCUAGGAAUAUGGUCUCUCAUCGAAGUUAACCUCGCUAUUAUCUGCGCAUGUGCGAUGCGACUCAAGAAAUUGAUCGCAACAUAUCUGCCACGACUAUCGCUCUUCUCAUCGGGGACGCGUAGUACAGCAAAAAUAGCAUAUGACACGGAGGGAAGUCGGUUCCAAGCAAAAGGCAACAAAAGUCAACACUCAUACCAGCUUCAUAGUGUCCAGAAAGGGAGCACUGACCCAAUAUUCGGCCUCAGAGGUAUCUCUGUGGACCGCACAUAUCAAGUGGAUAUAAAAAAGCUCCGACGGGGACACCAAGGAUGGCGGGAGCACACACACGAUCUUGCAUUGAUGAGCAUAUAG